AUGGACACAGAGCAAGAAAAUAUGCAACUUCUUGGUCUCUUUGGCAUCUACAACGAAUCAUACAAGAUCAUAUUUUCAUGGAGCAAGAUCUUCAGUCAGAUCACCUUAACUCUAAUCCUCCCUCUCUCCUUCAUCUUCUUCAUUCAUAUCCAACUCUCCGAGGUCAUCUUCGGGAUGAUUUUAGAUGACUCCAAGAAUUUCACCCAAACCCCACGUGACACACCCCAAUACCAAAAGCUCAUUCAGACGAUAUCCUCCGACUGGGCCAUUUUCUUUGUCUUCAAACUCUUUUACUUUAUUUUCGUCCUUAUCUUCUCCCUUCUCUCCACCUCUGCAGUCGUUUACACUGUCGCUUCUGUCUACACUGGCAAAGAAAUAACUUUCAAUAAGGUCAUAAGUGUUGUCCCUAAGGUUUGGAAGAGACUUAUGAUCACUUUUUUGUGCACCAUAGCUGCUUUUCUCUUUUACAAUUUUAUGGUUGCGUUAGUUGUAGUCAUCUGGGCACUUACAAUUCAAGAAAAAAGCGGUGGGGUUGCAAUUUUUGUGGUCAUAAUGAUCUUAUAUUUAGCUGGCUUUGUGUACCUCACCGUGGUUUGGCUAUCAGCUAGUGUUGUGACUGUGUUAGAAGACUCGUACGGGUUUGAAGCCAUGAUGAAGAGUAAGGCGCUGAUAAAAGGGAAUAUGGGUUUGUCCAUAAUCAUUGUUUUGAAGCUCUACGCUUUGUUCUUUUUGAUACACUUGGUGUUCAUGAUAGUGGUCGUGAAUGGAGGGAAGUUCUUCAAUUUAGGCACAGUGGACAGAACAGUGGGUGGGAUUCUAUGUUUGCUGUUGUUGUCUCAUUUGUUCAGGUUGAAGCUUGUUAUCCAAACAGUGCUUUAUUUUGUUUGCAAAUCCUACCACCACGAGAUUAUUGACAAGUCAAUUUUGUCAGAUCACCUUGAAGUGUAUCAAAGAGAGUAUAAUGAGCCUUUGAAAGCUAAAGAUGUUCAGCUGGAUUAUCAUGUCUGAUAGCUAGAUAUAUAAGAAACAUCGCUUAUCUAUCUAAAUGAAUUAAUGUUGAUACUUCAUGUAUAUCUUCUGUAGUUUAUCAAUUUUUGGGUGCCAUCAGAUAUAUGUCUAUCAUUAUGCGUGAUGUGUCAAAGAAGGAAUAAACGGGAAAAUGAAGUGAAUUCCGAAGAGGUACGUCUGUAUGCCGCCUAUGGCUUCUUUUGCCAAAGGUAUUAAUAGAUAUUUAAUGCU